AUGGCCGCCGACCUCAUCAUGCCCACGCUGCCGGGCGACCAGCAGUCCCGCCAUUUCUUCCCCCAGCAGCGCCUUCACCAGCGCACCCAGUCCUUCCAGAUCCCCGUUGGACCUCAGAUCUCGCCUCUAAGCACCUCGCAAUCUACAAGCCCCGACUCAGUCUCAAAUCCCACCUCACCCAAGGCCUACCACGCUCGCCAUGUCCGCCCUGUGUACAUGCCUGCCGCGCUGCGUCCCAACCUGUUUCCGUCCAAGACAAUGAAGCCAAAGGCCGACGAUGCUGCCUCAGCCUCGAGCUCCGACUCCGACCUCACCCUGCGACGCACCAACAGCACCAUCAUGAAUCUGCCCGGCAUGUCCGUCUUCGGCCACCGUCUCACCCGCACCUCGACUGGCGGAAGCAGUCGGAGCAGCAUCGACGGUGAUUUUGACUUGGACUUGUUCCCCGAGGUGACGGCCCUGCCCACCCGCAAGCACUGGAAGGCCGACAUGGAGUCCUCAGUUUGCGAUGAUGCGACCUGCAAGCGCUCUUUCAGCUACUUCACCCGCCGUCAUCACUGCCGCAAAUGCGGCAACAUCUUCUGCGACUGGCACUCAAGUUUCCUGGUACCCCUUGACCAGAACGCCACGUUCAACCCCCGGGCUGCUCCCGCGCGCACUUGCAGUCACUGCUUCGAGGAAUUCAAGGUCUGGUACAGCCGCAACAACAGCCAAGCUUCGAGCGCCGCGUCGUCCGAUAUUCAUCAGGACACUCCUUCCACGCCCAUCUCUGCCGGGCCAGGUGACGGCGCAAUGCUCCCCCGGGGUCCCGAGAUUGCGGCUAGCGUCCCUCGGGACUGGAAUUGGAGCACAUUCUGA